ACGGACUGAAAUAAAUGAGCUUAAAACUACUUUGGAUAAAUUGAGCUCUAAAUGUAACCGGAACGUUUCGGUACGGCGACCUGUCUUGUUAAACAAGUAGAGAACUUUACAAAAUCACAAGAAAGAGAACACACAAAGCAAACAGACCCUACUCUCUCUCACUUUCUCUCUCUUGCUCUCUCUCAAAGAUCUGAGGUUCCAAUCGAAGCAAAGAUGUUUCUCACAAGGACCGAGUAUGAUAGAGGAGUUAACACUUUCUCUCCAGAAGGGAGAUUGUUUCAGGUUGAAUAUGCUAUUGAAGCCAUCAAGUUAGGUUCCACUGCAAUUGGGUUAAAGACAAAAGAAGGUGUUGUGCUUGCUGUUGAGAAGCGUAUCACCUCACCUCUGCUGGAACCUAGUAGUGUGGAGAAAGUUAUGGAAAUUGAUGAGCAUAUUGGAUGUGCUAUGAGUGGUUUGAUUGCAGAUGCUCGUACACUUGUUGAGCACGCACGUGUGGAAACUCAGAACCAUAGAUUCUCAUAUGGUGAGCCCAUGACGGUGGAAUCUACAACACAAGCACUUUGUGAUCUGGCUCUACGAUUUGGGGAAGGCGAUGAAGACUCCAUGUCUCGUCCAUUUGGGGUGUCACUCCUUAUUGCUGGUCAUGAUGAGAAUGGUCCCAGCCUGUAUUAUACUGAUCCAUCUGGAACCUUUUGGCAAUGCAAUGCAAAGGCUAUUGGUUCAGGUUCAGAAGGUGCAGAUAGCUCUUUGCAAGAGCAAUAUAACAAGGACAUCACUCUUCUGGAGGCCGAGACAAUUGCACUUUCCAUUCUGAAGCAAGUUAUGGAAGAAAAGGUGACUCCAAACAAUGUUGACAUUGCAAGGGUGGCCAAAACCUAUCAUCUUUAUACCCCUGCAGAGGUGGAGGCUGUCAUUAGUCGCCUAUAGAUAGGAAGAAAGACAAUGCCGUGAAAGUCGUUCUUGACAUGGCCCACAUUCCCUAUUGUUAUCUUUUACUGUAAGGCUUCUUAUUUGUUGGGGGAAGCAGAGGAUUGGGUUAGACCCUUACAAAUAUUUUUUCUGGAAUGCUGUAAAACUGUCAACUUCUUGUUAGUUGCGUCACUUGAUUUCAUGCCGUCAAAUGAAACAAAAAAUUUUCCAUAA